AUGAAUGAGUGGCCUUUUGGAUCGUCGGAUUUCAGUACUUGUGUGUCAAAUGGCCAUCACCAGCGUAUAGACGACCAAUCUAAUAAUCAAGGGUCUGAAAGAGAUCAUCUCGCAUUGGCAUUAACCCAACCCAUCUCUCAAGAGCUUAAACUCAUGGUUGACGAAUUGAGACAGACCAUUGCCUCUCUGCAUGGUGAAAUUGGACGCCUCACCAUGCCAGUCUCAACUCAAGACCAUCCAUCUCAAGCACCUCACGAUGGAUAUGAGCUCAUAGCAACUGCUCUAAGGGAAGUCAGAGCGAAAGGGAUUGAGGUAGAUGCCCUCAAAAGGGAAAACGACUCCUUACGUCUUAAAGUUAAGGAGUUAGAAAAUACUCCGUUAACCCAAAUCGAGCGAACCUCCGCUGCUAACAACGGCCGUUUGACUCCUGCCUCGAAUUCAGUUCGUCAUACCGCAACCUCGGACCAAAGGGGACAUUCAACACCCAUGAAUUCUAACGGGAAGCGCCCUUUCCUGCAAGAAAUUUAUCCCUCACAAAAUGGUAACAUAAGUUUACCCAGCGUUGAAUGUCUCCAACCCACAUCGAAAAGGAUGAAUUUGACAAGUGGUGUGACUUCCCUUUUCCGUAUUGGCCUGCCGCGAUCAAUAAUCACUCAUAAAAUUGCUAACGAAGCUCAAAAUUCCGACACCGAUGAGCUUGCCGAAUCAUGGCAAACACCGAAGCGCCAACAAUUGUCAACUGAUGCAAAUCGUGGUGAAGAGACUAUUCUUGCUCGUGCAAUUGGUCCUCAAAAAUCUCCAGACAAACGACAAGAUCAGGAAACGAAACAAACUUUCAACCGAAAGCCAGUUAAACCAGAUAAGCAACCGAAACAGAAAAUAGUUCUUAAGCCUGUUCGCGGACGACCAAGGACUAAGUCGAUAUCUGCAACAGUAGCAACCACAAAAGUUCCCCUGCGGGAUGAGGAUAACAAUGCUACAAGUGCAUCAAAUCCAUCAACCUCUGCAGAUCCUUCUCACUGUCCAGCAGUAGAUGAUUCAGAAAUCCAGAGCAAAUCCAGACCCAAGAAACCCAAGAAAAAGGCCAGGAGAGCCAGUGCACGACUCUCAAGGCGUUUAUCCCUUGCUCCGCUUGACCAAGGGAAUACACAGCUAAACUCUGGCCAGGAACCUAAUAGCCUCACAGCGAAAGAAAUCACAGCACAAGAACAACAGGCCAGGGACCCUCAGGAAAAUCCAACUCAACCAACGCCGCCAGACAGCGAGAGCCUUUCCAAAACGAUCCCCAAUUCCCAGAGCGAUAGUGAUAAUGCUCCACUUGACCGGGAGGACACAGCCGCCAACAAUCAAGGAGAAGGAUCUACGCAGGAAACCGCACAGUCUCAAAGCUUUGCUGACCCGAUUCGUGACAAACGAAAAUCACAAAUUGCGGCCCGGAAUUCUCUUGCUAAGCUGGCGAUGCAGAGGGAAGAGGCGUUAGAUGCAGCUGCAUAG